UAAUCAAAUAUGGAGGCCGCUCGACCUCUGCUCUCAGACCAGGCACACCAUUUCUCGGGUAUCUCUGCCUACAAUGAAAAGAAGUCUUAAGUGGCCUAUAUCAUUUUAAAGGGGAGAACCUACAACAUCCUAUACACGAGAAACCGAGUCGGUACGCGUCAACGACCUGAGGUUGGUAUGGUCCAUGCAGACGUCACCCGGCCGCCAUAUUGAAUUCCCCCUCUUAUAAUUACUCUGCAAACUCAAGUGUGAGACAGUAUGACAGUUUAAACUGUCAGCCCACUGUGUCUCACACUUUCUAAAACUAAUUUCUCUCCUUCAAAAGUAAAAUUAUUUUUGAGAACACCAUCACUCUCGUCGCGAAAUUCCGGUUCAAACGAGUAUAUGUAUGAUGGGGUUUGGAGCAACAAUGCCAACAAUACAUUUAAUUAUUAAAAAAAUGGUUAUUUCCAAAAGUCCUCAUGCUGUCGUUGUUUGCGAUCAGAAGAACGCAGGGAACAAGAAAACGAAAGUCCUGCCUACGUUAAUCAUUUCCGUUUCCUUCUUCCCCGCAUUCUUCCGGUUUUUCAGAUUUACCAGGAUGCUUUAGUACCAUCUGCUGGCACGUUAGCAAGAGAUAAGGUUUUUUUCUCGUCAACCAUCAUUAAUUUGAUACUUCGGUUUCAUUGUUUUUAGUGUGGCGUCAUUCCUUCUUCGAACAUGAAGCUGAGCUGGUACCUUGAUCAAUUCCAGAAGAAGAUAUGCCCUGAGAAAGGAAUGCUGCGUAACAGGGCAUUUAACAUGACCCAGGGCACGAAGGUGUCGUUGGUGGUCUCCGUGGUGGUGGCAUUACUCGCCGUAGCGGACGGGAUUGCGGCAAAGUCGUACCUCGACGCCAGUCUAAACAUCAGAGUAGUGUCGGCCAUCUUGUCGGCCGUCUUCGCUCAGGGUGUAUUUGUCUACCGGCGCGCAAACAUGGGUCAAAUUAUAGGCGGCAUGAUGGCUGUGGCCCAGGAGAUCGAGACCAAUGUGAAUUUGGACACACAGGCGCUCCUUGAACACGUGGCAAAGCGAUGCAGGCGAUUACAUCGGGUGUACACCGCCUACUCCGUCAUGGUAUGCCAGACGGUUCUUUUCCCCACGCUCACAACGGGCAACUUAAGCCUACCCGUGUGGCCCAAACCGCAAUCAUUUCCUCAGCCGCGCGUCGCUAUGGCCGUGAUGAUCGCCUUCCAGGUAGGUGUUAGUAUACUAGCAGAUCUGCUGGUGGGGUGUUAA